GUAAGGUACGAAUAAUGCACCUGAGAACCUUAAAAACAUCCGUUUAUUUUUUAAAGCCUAGAGUGUAGUAAACUAAAUUUUUCGCACAACUAGUACUAUGUGGUUGCUUUUGAUGCGGAGCUGCACUUCGCAAGAUGGCUUCCGCAUGAAGAGGGGCUUGGUGUCUUCGUGCGUCGAUUUAUUCGUUUCAUUUGGACAGGCAAAGCACCUGACCAACCACUUAAACAUCUUGCUAGGCUCAAAUGCUGCACAGACUUUUGAUGACCGGCUAAAGACCGUUGGACGGCAAGUUUUUCGUUACGCACACAGCCAAGUAAAAAAAGAAUGCGUGAAGUCUUGUCUCCAAGAAAUAGAAGCUGCCAAAACUAACAGGAAGUCCAUGGCAGUUGAAUACGAAGCCAUGCCACUACUACUGCUCGCAAUCUUCGGAGAAGACAAAGAGCUGUUCUACAAGCUAACAGAGACGGCCAGCGACGAUGACUUGGGGGAUCUGCCAAGCUGUCCUUUCAUCUGCGUGAAAGGAUGGACUUUUCUCACUGCUAAUUCAUACACAAUCUGCGUGGACACCCAUCCAGUACUUCAUGCAUCGAAGCCAGACGAGGCCGUCAAGCUGCUGUUCUUUGCUCCUUUUGCUUUUAACAUCCAGUACCAGAAGGAGACGAGCCUGUGCUUGGAAUUCACACAGAGGGCUAUUGCAGGUAUUAAUCCUGCAAGAGGAACGAAGGUGCAAAAGAAUGGCGCGAAGCAGCACUGCCUGUCACCAAGAGUGGCUGCACUCGUAACGGCUUUGAAAGACUAUGACUUUUAGAUUUUUAGUUUCUGUUGCUUGUGUUGUAUAACAUUUUAUUAUGUUGGGCUCAGAAAUACUUUUCGAGCUAUAGAAGACUGCUGAUGUGACUUUCGUUUUAAUAAAGUGUUCAUUCAUAUCAA